AUGUUUUUAUCUUUAUUACGAGAUUGGAAAUAUACCUUUCGAACAUUUAAUCUUCAUAGAGGAGGAAUUUCUCCCGUACGAAUUUAUAACUUACAUUUAAUAACUGUGAUAGUCAUAUUACUUAUUACUUUUUUUUUGUAUAAUUAUCUUUCUACAUUUAAUACUGUUUGUUAUGAAAAUGAUAAAUUAAUGACAUGCUUGGAUUAUUAUAAAUAUAAUUCAACUUAUCCUCUUACUGCUCCGAUAGCGAAACCAACAGGAAUAAGCUAUAGAAUUGCAAUUAUUAGUGAUCUCGACUUGAAGGCUAAAAGUCUUCUUCAUAAAUCAUGGAUUAGCUUUUUGAAAAAAGGAAUUCUUUCUUGGGAUCCUCAUAAUGAUAAAAUUCACAUUAGUUGGGAAAAAAAAGAGCUUUUACUUUCCUCAUCAUUUGUAAUUAAUGAUAGAGGUAUGGAGUUGUCCGAACUAAUAACUUUUGACGGUCGUUUAUUAAGCUUUGAUGAUAGAACCGGUAUUGUUUACGAUAUAGAAGAUAAAGCUUAUCCAUGGACUAUUCUAAUCGAUGGCGAUGGUCGCAGUUCGAAAGGAUUUAAAUCAGAAUGGGCGACAGUGAAAAAUAACUUCUUAUAUGUUGGUAGUAUAGGUAAAGAGUGGACUUCUUCGUCGGGAGAGUUUAUUCACAAUAAUCCUAUGUGGAUUAAAAUUAUUUCUCCACGUGGAGAAGUAAAAUCAGUUAAUUGGAUCAAUAACUACAAAAAACUAAGACAAGCUGUUAAUAUUGAAUUCCCUGGUAUGUUCCUUGUAAAAUAUAAGAUUAAUUCAUCUAAUAAGUAGUUUUAAUAUUUUUUAGAUGAUAUUUUCUCAAGUGUUAUAAUUUUUAAUUGCUUGUUUAAAAAUUUUUGCAGUAUUAAAAAGCUUUUUCAUCUCCAUGGUUAUAAUGAUCAUCAUGAAUAUUUAAAUAUUUUAUACUGAUAACUAAAUAUCGUUGCUUUGAUUGGGAACUUUUGCAAUGCAGUUGUUACCUAAAUCAGAUGUUGAGUUUCUGCAGUAAAUACU